AUGGUCAAACUCGCUCUCCUCACAACCUCCCUCCUCGCCUCCGGCGCUCUUACCUCCCCCAUCUCAAACCAAAACCACCUUCCCUCUCGAGAUGUUUCCCCACGCCAAUGGGGCGGCGGAGGGUACUACUUCCAAAACUGGUCCGAAGGCGGCAGCAACGUGCGCUGCGUGAACGGCCCAGGCGGACAAUUCAGCGCGACCUGGAAUAGCAAGGGUGGAGUAAUCACCUACUUCGGCACCUACAACGCCACCGGACCCGGCUAUCUGGCAGUCUACGGCUGGACGCGCAACCCGUUGAUCGAGUACUACAUCAUCGAAGCGCAUGCCGAACUUUCCCCUAACGAACCCUGGACGUACAUGGGCAAUUUUACUUCUCCCGAAGGAGACUACGACAUUUACACCAGCUGGCGCAUCAAUAAGCCGUCAAUUGAGGGGACCCGGACGUUCCAGCAGUUCUGGAGCGUACGAAAGGAACAGAGGGUUAGCGGGACAGUGACCACCCAAAGGCAUUUUGAUGAGUGGGCUAAGCUGGGCAUGAGGCUGGGGUGGCAUGAUUAUGUGGUGAUGGCGGUCGAGGGGUAUACGGCUGAUGGGGGAUGGGGGAGUGCGGGGCAGGCAACAAUUACGGUUCACCCUACUUUCACCUUAUCGCUAUCGCUAUACAAGAUGUCAUUAUCACAAGCAGCAGCGCCAACAAUCCCAGCCGCGCCGACCGGCCCGACCAGGUCGCGGUCUCUGCUCCUCGUGCCAGUCCUUCGACCCAUCUAUACCUCUGUCCGCUACAUCCGUCGCGCGAUCCGAGCAGGCUCCUAUCCUAUCCGCGGUAUCUGGUACUUUCUUCUACACCCCGAGUUUUAUCCGCUGUUCGUCGGACGACUACUCCCGUUGUCGAUCAUCUCGUUCAUCGUGUACCUGUUGCUGUUUACGUUCACAUUCCUGCCGCAGUACCUCUUCAUGCUUAUAUUCCAGGGCCCGGCGAGCGCAUUUAUCAAUACGACGGUUUUGGUGUUGGGUGAGGGGCAGGUCAUUAUCCAGGCGCUCUUUGAAGGGUUCUUCGUGGAUGAGUGUCAGGUGGAUAUUUUUGAUGCCACCCUCAUCAACUAUGGCUACACCGAUCUGAUCGCCCCCCAACGCAUCAUCUUCGUCGACGCCCCAAACGCAGUCCGCAUGCUCGGCAAACCGACCCGCCGCGCUGAGUUCUGGCCCUUCAGCUGGAAGCAGAUCAUCGAGCUGAUCAUCUGUCUGCCGAUCAACCUGAUCCCAUAUAUCGGCAACGUGGCCUUCAUCAUGAUUACUGGCUCCCGGCUGGGCAAGCUCUCUCAUCACAGGUGGUUUGUUCUGCGCGGGCUGGACAGGAGAGAAAAGAAGAGGGAGUGGAAGCUGCGUAGGUGGGAGUACCUCUGGUUUGGGACAGUCGCCAUGGUUUUGGAGUUGGUGCCGAUUUUGAGCUUCUUUUUCUUGCUUACCACGGCGGCUGGGGCCGCGAUGUGGACAGCUAGGUUAGAGGAGCAGGCGCGGGUUAGGAUUGGGCGGCCGAUUACGGCUGAGGAUGUGUGGAAUGAGGAGGUCGAUGGGCCGGUUUAUCAUGAUGAUCCGGUCUGA